AUGGAAUUCGAACAAUUCAUCGUCGACAACCUUCUCCAUUUCCCCACCGACGACCUCCACCAGGAGGAGCAGGAAACCGAUGUCACCUCCACUGCCGUCAACACCUGCAACUCUACUACCCUCGCCGGAGAUCUAAGUUGCCGGAGCUUCGUCGACACUCAAUUCUCUAACCUCUGCGUCCCGUACGAUGAUUUAGCUGAGUUCGAAUGGCUAUCGAAUUUUGUGGAAGAAUCGUUCUCCAAUGAGGACCUGCAAAAGCUCCAAUUGAUAUCCGGCCUGAAAGCUCGAUCGGAAAAUGGAACCAAGAACCGCCAAUUCCAAAUUCGGCCCGCGAUCAAUCGAACCGAUUAUAACCCCGUAUUCAACAUCAAUAUGAUGGUCCCAGGAAAGGCCCGUACUAAGCGGUCUCGUGCCGCUUCUUGCAACUGGGCCUCUCCUCUUCUCAUCAACUCUCCCACCGUAACCGGACCGAUUCCCACCACAUCGUUGAAUUUCACGUCGACUUCAAUCGAGAAGAAGAACGUUAAGAAGGAAUUUGACGAUAACUCUAAUAACGAAGAUGGACGAAAAUGUGUCCAUUGCGCCACUGAUAAGACACCUCAGUGGCGUAGUGGACCCAUGGGUCCAAAAACACUAUGUAAUGCAUGUGGGGUUCGUUACAAGUCUGGUCGUCUCGUGCCUGAAUACCGACCGGCUGCGAGCCCCACAUUCAUUCUCACCAAACACUCUAAUUCCCAUCGGAAGGUUCUCGAGCUAAGAAGACAAAAACAGAUGCAAAGCGUACCACAAUUUAUCGAUCAUCAAAACAUCAACGACGACUACUUGAUUCCCCAACAUAUCGGCCCCGAUUAUCGGCAACUUAUCUAACGCUUGCUCGAUUUAGGAAAAUUUGGAUAGAGUCGCUACUUAAUUUUU